AUGAUUUGCAUAAAAUGCGGCAGGUGCAAUUCUAGCCUUUACACUGUAUAUAACAAAACAAACAUAAAAUUGAAUGAAUGUAAUCGAUGUAAUGAGAUAUGUGAUGAGUAUAUGGAGAAAAAUACCUUUUUAAUUUUUAUGAAUAUAUUAUUUUUGAAGCCAGAAAUAUAUAGACAUAUAGUUUUCAACAGGUUAAAAUAUCAUGACAGAUUUAUACACGUAUUUUUUUUAAAAAUGAUUUUUUUAUUUAUAAUAAUAAAUGUUUAUUUACAUCCUAAUUUUGAAAGUGAUCAUGUAGAGAAAAAUGUUCUAUCAGACAUAUUUUUUAUGAAUAACAAUUUUGAAUAUACUAGGGAAAAUGACUCUCCAAGUUAUAAUUGUUCCUCUUACACGUUAUUUAUGUAUAAAUAUGAUGAAAAAUAUAAAUUAUAUGGUUUAUAUAACAUAUCUAAUAAUUCAAACAUAAGCAAUUUAGUUAAUAUACACAAAGACAAAUUCUUAACCUGCAUUUUUAAUAACAAAUUAAGUCAUCGCAAUGUUUGUAUUGUUAAUAGAAACUAUAAACACUCAUAUGACUAUGACAAGCAUCUUAUAGAUAUAUUUCUACACAAUAAUUCACAGAAUAUCAAUAAAUAUAAGGAUACAAAAAAGUUAAGUCUUAACAUUGAUCAAGAAGGGAAAAGAAAAAAAAAAAAAAAAAAGAAAAAAAAAGAGAGUGACAAUGAUAAAAAUGAGAAUAGUCCUAACAGUGAGACAUACCAUAACAGGGACAAAAACGAGAACGUUCCAAACAGUAAUAAUUGCAAAAACUAUGAGAACGAGGAGGACAAAAAUAGUAGAGGGAUCAGGUCAAACAUAGCAAAGUAUACAAGAAAAGCUAUUUCAUAUUUAACAAGCAAAUUAAAAUACGAAUCUAUAUUUAAGCUAAGAAGAAACAACUUGCUAUUAAAGAAUGAUCUAAUAACACUAAAAAAUUCUGAUGAGUACAACAGUCUAUAUCAAAUAAUAAAUGUUCUCAUAUAUUACAACAUUCACGAAUACAAAAUAGUUCUUGAAACAAAAGAAAAAGAAACAUUUAAUGUUAACUAUGUUAUGAAAAUUAUAUCUAAUAUAUUUUUUUAUGAUAAAUCGUUAAAAAAAAAAAAUUAUAUAAAAAGUGAUUCAAAUAUACAUUUAAUAAAUAAAAACUCCAAUGAUUUUUGUUAUGAUAAAAGUAAAGAGUCCACCUUUGAUAAUGUAUGUCAUGAUUAUGACUACAUAGGUAAUAAUUCCCACGGAUUAAAAGGCUUAUGUAAAAAUUUAAUAAGAAAAAUAAACAGCAUAUUCAAUAAAAAUGCAGAAGAAAUAACAAAAAAACAAAAUAAAAGUACAAAAAAUAUUAAAAUUAAACAAAUAAGCAUGUAUUCUAAGCUUUUGUUUUCAGAUUUAGACAAUGAAAAAUUCAUUUUAAAAAUCUGUAAUUCGUCAUUUUCUCUCAAAAAUUUAAAGUCCGUUACUAUUAACUAUAUUACUUAUUUUUUAUUACUAUGUAUUUUCACGCACCUUCUUAAGUUAUACCAGCAAAGAAAGUACAAUGUUAAUAUAACGAUGGUAAAAUACAAUUAUCUUUUUAUGCUUUUUGUAUUAAGUAACUAUCCCUUGGUAAUAUAUUUUAUUUUACAAGUCUUUAAUUACAAUUAUAUAAAUAUUUAUUUAAAAAUUUACACAAUCAUUUGCAAUACAAUAGCAUAUCACAUAUUCAUAUCUAGCGACAACAAUUAUGUAUGUUAUUCUAUCUUUUCUGUACUUACAAGCUAUUUACUCAAAAACAUUCUCAUGAUUAAAGUAAAUGCAUAUAUUUAG